AUGGGUGACCCGCAAUUCGCCAAGUACCCCGACCUCCAGCUGUCGCAGAACAUCUUCCAGCUCACCAAUCCCUCCGCCUCCAAACAAGCCAAGCAAUCCGCCCUCAAGUCGGUCCAAGAUGCCAUCACCGAGAACAAGAUGGCGCCGCUCUACCGGUACCUCGCCCACCCGGUAGACGGCGUCCUGAAUGCACAGGGCGAGGGCAGCGCAGACCAGCCAAACAAGAACCGGAGACCGUCUACCAGCUUAGCGACGAUGCUUGCCACACGCACGCCCUCGUUAGAAGUUCCGCUGUCAUGGGACGAGAAACUCUAUGAGAGCCUCAAGGCGGAGAGCGAGAAGGAGCUCGAGGCGAUACAGAAGGAGGAGGAAGAGGCCGAAGAGAAGGCAGGCGAGACCGAAGUACAGGCUGCGAGGGGCAAGCGCGCAGAGCUCUACAACCGCAUAGGCGACAAGGACAAAGCCAUUGCCAGCUACGAGGCCAUCUUCGAGAAGACGGGCAUCCUAGGCACCAAGAUCGACCUCGUCCUCGCCAUAAUACGCGUUGCGCUCUUCUUCGGCGACAGGAUAUUGGCCAAGAAGUCGAUUGACCGGGCAAGCGCAUUGGUAGAGAGCGGUGGUGACUGGGAUCGCCGCAACCGCUUGAAGGCAUACACUGGUCUACACUACCUCACCGUCCGAUCACACUCGCAGGCCGCCCCGCUACUGCUCGACAGCUUGUCAACAUUUACCAGCUACGAGUUAUGCAGCUACUCAAAUCUCGUUGUCUACGCCAUUCUCGCCGGUUCGGUGUCACUCAAGCGUGUUGACUUCAAGUCCAAGGUUGUGGAUGCGCCUGAGAUCAAGGCCAUUGUCGGAACCUCAGAAGAGAAGCUCUCGGCAAUCACUGGCCAGGCAUCGGCAGGACCAACAGCUGGUGACGAGGAGAUGGCAGAUGCGUCAGGCUCGACAGCAACACCAGUGCCUACCCUCGUUAACCUCACCACUCUCGGCGGACAACAAGAGAAGGAAGUGCCAGUUGACUUCACACCACUGUCGAAGCUCGUCAAGAGCCUGUACGAGGGUGACUACAAGACCUUCUUCGGCGCUCUUGGUGAGGUAGAGACCAACUUCCUCAGCCAGGACCGCUACAUGUACGAGCACCGUGGCUGGUACGUGCGUGAGAUGCGCCUACGGGGAUACCAGCAACUCCUCCAGUCGUACAGGGUCGUCGGCCUCGAGAGCAUGGCCAAGGACUUUGGCGUCACCGUUGACUUCCUUGACAAGGACCUCGCUCGAUUCAUCGCCGCCGACCGCAUACCCUGCACGAUCGACCGCGUCAAGGGCAUCAUCGAGACCAACCGACCCGACGACAAGAACAAGCAGUACGCAGACGUAGUCAAGCAGGGUGACCAGCUCAUUACCAAAUUGCAGAAGUACGGUCAAGCCGUCAGGCUGAGGGGCAGUGAGCGCGGCUAG